AUGUUCAUAGCGUCCGUGUCAGCGUCCAUCACGAACUUCUCGAAUGCCGCACAACAGCCAGCAAUCCUUUUAAGAAACGUGAACGGCCUUCCGGAUCUACCGCAAAACCGAACGAAGCGUCAACCCAACCCAGAAGAUCCCAACUUUUGUAGCGGCUGUUGUAUCCCUGGACAACCUGGACCACCUGGUCCGCCUGGUGCGCCCGGCAAACCUGGAAAAGCAGGCACUCCAGGAGCGCCAGGAAAUCCUGGACGCCCUCCCCAGGAACCAUGCGAGCCAAUAACACCACCACCAUGCGAGCCGUGCCCAGCUGGACCACCUGGACCACCUGGUCAGCCAGGACCCAUGGGUAAUGCUGGACCACUCGGACCGCCUGGUGAGAAGGGUCCCGACGGUGAACAAGGACCUCAAGGAAUGAAAGGAAUGCAAGGACCUCCAGGGCAAAUGGGUAGUCCAGGAGCGAUGGGUGAACCUGGCGAGCCAGGAGCAAACGGCGAACCACAGCCUGGUGCGAGUGGCGAGGCUGGACCACCUGGAGCACCGGGACCGAUGGGACCGACAGGACCACCGGGACCAGAUGGACAAAACGGCCCAGAUGGCGAGAAAGGUCCAGACGGCAUACCAGGCAAACCAGGAAAGGACGGCGAGGACGGAGAGCCUGGUCCACCUGGAGGAGACGGAAGUCCAGGAGAAAGAGGUAUUUGUCCCAAGUACUGUUCGGCUGACGGCGGCGUCUUCUUCGAGGACGGGACUCGGCGAUAA